AUGUCCGAUGCUGUGAACAUCUUGCUACGACUGGUUUGGGUUGCAGCAGUUGCGGUACUCUGUCAAGUGUGCAGUGGAACUGAGACGAGUAUCGGUGGGAAAUACUCUUCGAGUUACACUUUGACGCAAAUCAAUGGACCAUAUGCUGUCACCAAAGAUCUUGUAGUGAGUAAGGGAGCCACAGUAACAAUAGAGGCUGGUGUAGUCCUCAAUUUCCAGGCAAGAGUUCGUCUGAUCGUCAAUGGCACACUCAUUGCUAAAGGAUCAAAGGAAGCUCCUAUUGUUAUGUACCAUAAUGCUACAAUUGGUACCGACACAGGACUCAUACGUCUGGUGGGAGGUAAGAAUUCAAGAGAAGGUCGUGUUGAGGUGUUAAAUGGUCAGAACUGGGGGACAGUAUGUGAUGAUUAUUGGAACACAGACAAUGCAAAGGUUGUUUGUAGACAACUUGGAUUUGGAAAUCCAAUCGAAGCGUCCACACGACGCUUUGGUUCAGGGUCUGGUGUUAUUGGAUUAAACAAUGUGAAUUGUGAUGGUGUGGAGAAUUCAUUGCUAGACUGUCGUGCCGACCAAUGGAACAGCAGUAAAUGCAAACACUCGGAAGACGUGGGCGUCGUUUGUGGAGCAGGUAGUGUUGGAUUCUGGGGUGGCAUUGUGUUUGCUAACGACAGUGUGACCGGAACAGUUGUACGUAGCGCAUGGAAGUACUACAGUAAUAGCGUACUUGAAAAUGUUGAGAUCAUGAAUGCUGGUGUGGCUAUUGAUACUAUCAGACGAUCCCAACCAGACCUUCAAGUGCCGGCAAUCACCAUCAUGACUGCCAGUCCAUCAGUCACCAAUGUGACUAUUAUGCAUAGCAGACAGGUUGGAGUUCGUUUGAAUGCAGUUCACGGAAAUGUCAAAUUUGUUGGUUUAUUGAUUAAAAACAGCACAAGUAGUGGCAUUACUGGAUCGUGUUCUUGGCAGUUUGCAUGCAUUAGUUGCCAGGUAACUGUUCGUGGUGGCAGUGGUAUUGAUGUCACUAGGAUACCUCUAAAUCUUGAUCUCCCUGAUGUUGCUAUGGUUCAAAGUUAUUCUUUGGAUUAUAAAGGCUCUGCAUCAAGCAAUGUUCAAUCAUUCAGUGUUGGGAUCGAUGGCUUUUAUGUUAAUUUCACUGAAGCUAGUGCUCGAACAAACUAUUACAUUAGAGGUUUUGAAACAAUGCCUGGUUAUGGACUCUCAAUUUUUUUCCAACGUUUGAAAUUAAACAGAAACAGUAUCAGAAUAAUUGAUGGUGUAACUGGACAACAAGUGUUGUAUUGGUGGUAUCGCUCUGCUAUUCCAUCUGGAAGCUUGUCUCUUACUUCUCAUCAGUUGCUAUUCUAUAUUGACACGGAUUACAGAUACGUUAUAUCAGGAGAUAUUCUUGCCUAUAUAGCACCAUACAAACUGAGUGAUCGUCUAGUCUCCAUCGACAACAGCUUUGUCGGUGGAGUUGAUGGUUUAAACAGCUUGUUGUCAGGAAUUCGCUUGGCAGGAUCUCUGGGAAUUGUACACAUUAACGGGUGUCGUGUGUUGGCCGCAAGAAGCAGUGGCAUUCAGUUAAGUGGAUCUGCUAGUGAUGUGGUAGUAUCAACUACAAGAGUAAUCAAUGGCACAACAGCAGGUUCUGGUGUGGACCUUAAUGGUGUUUAUCUGAGUUUGUUAGAUUUGUCUGAAGUGCAUAUUGAGGGAUACAAUUAUGGAGUGAAUGCAAGGACAUACAGCCAAGCUAAUAUCUCAAUAGACAACUCACAGUUCAGGCGAAAUCGCUACACUGGAGUUUAUGUUUGGUGGUCACAACCAUACAUCUACAAUUGGCCUCUGCUUUCUAACCAAAACUUAGAAAUCACUCGUUCUACAUUUGCAGAUACUGUCACUAAUCAAGGCUUAUAUGUUUAUGCGUACAACUCGUACACAACUGCAAGUAAACGAGUUCAAAUCUCUGACAACUUGUUUGAAAGGAAUAUGGGUGGUCUGUAUUAUACACACGGCAGCCGUCAUGUGACCAGCAACAUACAAAGGAAUACUUUCAUCGACAAUAAUGGUGGUUGUUGUUCUGGAGCAAUGUAUGUUUCAACUCAAUUCUACAAUCCCAAUUAUCCACUAUGGGUGGACAUCAUUGAUGGAAACCAGUUCUUACGUAAUUCAGGAGAGUAUGUCGUCAAACUGCAGACUUCGGCAUCAUUUAGUUCCUCUUAUCAACUGGGUUCUGUGGUGGUAUUCAGAAAUAACAACAUAUCAGAUAGCUCUGUUUUGCAAUCUACAGUGUCAAACACUCGAAAGUCAACUCCACAUGCUGUUCUUGAUAUUGUGGGUACCACGUUUGUGACUGCUUACCACAACAGGUUUUAUAACCCAAAUGCUACGUUUGACCUAGCACUCCAAGCUGAAAGCAUUUCAUCUUUGGAUCAAAUCAAUAUUACACUAAACUGGUGGGGUACAGCUAAUGAAGUGAAAAUUCAAGAGCGAAUAUUUGACUUCGAUGACAGUAGCAAUUUGGCUGUUGCCAGAUAUUUUCCAUUCUUACUUUCUUCUUCACUUUCUGAUGUAGCAAAUUCUACUCAUCCGAGGAUGAACACGCCAUUCAUUAAUGCUAACAAUGAAAUAGGAGGACAGUUGGCAGAAAAUAUAACUCUUGCUGCCUUCCGUAGCCCAUAUACUGUUACACGUGAUGUUACUGUAUUGCCAGCUGCUGUAUUGAUUAUUGAGGCGGGCACUGAGUUGAGAUUUCAACCAAAUGUGGGAAUGCUGGUUGAAGGUCAACUGUUGACUAAAGGUUUAUCCAAUCAACCAGUUAUAUUCACUCGCUUUCAAAGCUCAAGUUCUUAUGAUAAUGGAUCGUUAAUUGUGCGGUUCAGAGAUGGAAGAUAUUAUAGCACAAGCGCUCGUGGUAUUCUAGAGUUGAACAUUGAAGACACGUGGUACUCAGUAUGUCUGAACUCUGAACAGCGUCCGGACUACACAUCUAUGUCUGCAUUAGCUAGGGUUGUUUGUAUGCAACUUGGUUAUGACAGUGGUUACUUGAGCAACACUUACUGGUACCCCACUUUGGGCGAACCUGUUGUACUCAACUUCUGGUGUCCUCACAAUGCUUCUGUGGUCAGUGACUGUACAUUUAAUAGAAGCUCCUAUUCAGCACAGUCAGACUGCCUUCGUGUUGCUUAUCCCUCUUGUUACAGAUCAAAUUCAUACCAACAAUCUUCAGGAUACCAUUGGUCAGGAAUUCGUUUUGCUCCUACUAGUUCUGUUCCUUUAGCUAAUGGUGUACAUCAAGUUCCCAUGUCACGACUGAGGUAUACUGAGAUUAUAGGUGCCGGUCAGUGGAUCUACAAGACUGUUCCUGCCAUACAAGCAUACUUUAGACCUCCAGAGACAAUUGGUGUAACAAUAAGAGAUUGUGCUUCUACAGGAAUGGAAGUUAGCUAUUUGCAUGAAGAGGCUAGAAUUACCGGUUUGACAGUUGUGAACAGCAGGGGAGAUGGUGUAUCUGUUAGAAGACCAAGAGGGAAAAACUUGACCAUUGAUGCAAUAACAGUUCAUAAUGUGACUGGCUAUGGCAUUCGAGUAUAUCGUUACAGUUCAUCCCUGAAUGGCAACACAGACUUUCAGUCUAUUUGCUCAGAUGUACACAACAUAUCCAUAGAUCCUGAAGAUGGAGCUUAUAUUGGCAUGUCUCAAGAUGAACACUUACCUGGAAUCACUUGUUCUGUUGUUCUCUAUGGUCCUCCUAACACAAUUCUUUCUGUUCGAUUGGUGACGAUGAGACUAUAUAAUGAUGAUCGUCUCACUUUGAGAAAUGGACCAUUAUCUUCUAGCCCUUCAUGGCUGUCAUUUAGUGGCUACCGUUCGUCACUGAAUGAUCCAUAUCUUUCUUCUGGAAAUGUUAUUUUUGUAGAGGUCACAACUGGAGGAAAGACUGGUGCUCCUGGGUUUAGUUUACACAUAGAAGCUCUGUCAUCUGCUCCUGGAGAACCGUUUGUUCACAUUGUGAAUAGUGCUGUAACUUCUAGUGGGUAUGGUGUUUACAUUGGCUCACUCUAUGAUGACACUGUGAUACACAACGUCACCAUUGUUGACUCUGCUCAGCAUGGUAUUUAUGUGUCGUCACAAUAUGGCUUGAUGACCGUUUCUAAAUGUCGGGUGAUCAAUUCAAGAAGCACUGGAGUUUAUCAUUCGUAUGGUCGAAAACAAAUGAAAUUCAUAGAUAAUCAACUUACAAACAACUCUCAGGGAAUGUUUAUACGUCCUUACUAUUACUCUUAUGACAAAUGUGGCAUUCAAGUUUUAGGAAAUGUAAUAGUAGGUUCAAACAGAGAGGGAUUGUAUAUCAGUGCAGGUGGAAGUAGCUCCUGGAAUACACAGAAUAAGUGUCCAUGGGAAGUUUCAAAUAAUCUAUUUGAAUACAACAAUGAUGGCUUGCUGGCUUACUCAUACAAUCAGAGAGGUUUGCAUUACGCAUUGAAUUUUACUGAAAAUGUGUUUAAUGCCAAUAAUGGCACAGCAUUGAGACUAGACAAACGAGGUGACUGGUAUGGGUUGAUUACUGCUAAUCAGUUUCAUCAUCAUGCAAGCCGGACUGGAGGAUCUGUUUUAGUGGAGGGAAGAGUUGAAGCACUGAAUAUAACAAGUAACACUUUUAAGUGGAACGGUGGCAAGUAUGUAGUGAGACUAGCGUUGCUCAACUUUACUUCAUUUCCUGUCGUUUUCAGCAGUAAUGAAUUGUCAAAUAACUACAUCAACGAAACAGAUACAAUACCAUUGGAUAAUCGAUCUGCCGUUUUGGUAGUUGGAAUGUCAAAUAAAGUUUUGAUGAGAGACAAUGUUUUUGAUAAUCCCGAGUCUCUGUUUGAGUUAGGAGUUGAGCUUCCUGUACAAAGUUCUACUGAUCACACGAUAGAUGUUAGCUACAACUACUGGGGUACUGUAAAUGAAAAUAGAAUUCGGGAUCGAAUUCAUGACUUUGGCUACUGUUCUCGCUUGGCAUCAGCAGAUUUCUUUCCAUAUUUAACAUCUGCAGUUGGGCUUCCAGUCUCGUCAACUAUUUCUCGUUCUACUGAUAUUAUUCGUCUCAAUAGUAUCAUAAGAGGACGAGUAUUGGCAGACACAGUUAUUCCUUUAUCUGGUAGCCCAUAUGUUGUAACUGGCGAUAUAUCUGUGUUACCUGGGAGGAAGCUCACCAUUGAGGCAGGAGUUGAACUGCGGUUUAGUCAUAAUACUGGCAUCCUGGUAGAAGGACGAUUGGUAGCCAAUGGAACUGAUGCCAAGUCUAUUAGAAUGACAGAUGACAGCUUUUUUGGUUUAGUGGAGGAAGAAGGAAGCAUUCGAAUAGUAGGUGGACUGACAUCGCUUGAGGGCAGAGUCGAACUGUUUCACAAUGGAACAUGGGGCCCCAUAUGUGUUGUUCAGAACCCCAAUGGAAGGUAUUAUCGGACUAAUCAUGACUACUACAAUACUCAAGUUGUCUGCCGUGAACUUGGUCAUUAUGCAAACUAUCGAUUUCCCUUCUCAGAUCCAUCAUUUGGAUUGUCUAGUAAUCCAGCCUGGUUGGGACAUGUACUUUGUAGGGGAAAUGAAGCUUCUUUGAGACAAUGCACAAACUAUGUCUUACAACUGUCUAACUGCCCAUAUGGACAGCUAGUGGCAAGGUGUAGAGACACAGGGUUCACUUCUGCAAGCAGAGAUUUGCCUUUAUUGCAUUGGACUGGAUUGCGAUUUGCAGGCAGUGGUCAGGAGAUAUCGACUAUGAGGAACGUAUUAAUUGAAAGAGCAGGAAUAGCCAAUGGAGAGCAAACUUCUGCUAUUUAUGUAGUGGGAAGGGAAGUAUAUUUUUCUAAGGUACGUGUCACUGACAGCUCGUGGACUGGAUUAACAGUGACAAACUCACCAUCAGUCCAACUGUCCAAUUGUCACAUUUCAAGAAAUGAUGGUAGUGGUGUUCGACUGGUCAAUACACCUGCUAGCUCAGUAAGAGGACUAACAAGCAAAGAGAACUCUAAUCACGGGUUGUCACUGUCAGUAGAUAGCCUACUACAGAGAUUGUGGAACAUACCUGUACCAUCAAGUCAUAUUGUUGACAUUUGCUCAUAUAACAGCAUUCAAUUAUCGACUUCAAUGCCUUUUUAUCUGAGAUUCAAUGCUGAUCCUAUACAGAGAAAUGGAGGAUAUCGCACGUGUACUGCAUCUAUUCAAUCUGAUGCACAUCAUGUUGUAUCUGUACACAUACUGGCUAUCAAACUUAGAGAAACAAGUUCAUAUGUGACUGUGGAUGGCAAAGAUGUAUACAGAAGGAGGGCAGUUCCAUCUAACUUUCCUCUUCAUUACACUGCAUCAGUAGGAUCAUCUGUGAGGGUGCUAGUGUCAGCAUACUUAUACGACUAUACCUAUGAGCUUGGUCAAAACUAUUUUCUAGCAUACAUACAGCGACAUAAGACAGGUUUGUCAAACGUUACGUCUCAUUACUUCACCGGUUUGUCUUUGACUGACAACUCACUGUCCGGAUUGGUCAUAAACUCUAGCUUGAGCAGUUAUGAACGAUUUGACGUAACACUUCUGAAUUCUAUUGUGACCGAUAACAACUGGAACGGCAUUGAUAUCAAUACAACAAGCAAGGGAAUUUCCAACUAUGGUUCUAAUGUGCAUACGUUUGAUAUCCAACGAAAUUUCAUCUCACAAAACGGACAGUUUACCACUGCCACGUAUGGCUCUCGGUCUGCUGGUAUUGCAAUGCAGAUUGAUCGAUCAAAUGUCAUCGUACAGAACAAUGCCUUUUGGAAAAACAAAGGAGGAGCAGUGAGUUUGAAGCUCGACUCUGAUGUUCAUAAGAGCAAUGUCUAUCUGUUUGAUAAUGACAUUGAACAGAACACGGCAGGUCCUACAGUCAGUGUAUCUGGAAGUAGCGGUACGUCUGGUCCUUUAGUGCACGUAGUUGGCAACAGAAUCAGUCAUAAUUCAGCUGGAAUUCAAUAUGACACACUUUCAAUUGAUAAUGUUGCUGCCAAUGUGGUUAACAAUACGUUUUUCAAUGAUACCAGUCGUCACGUUAUAAGAUGGGUUGUAGGUUCGCGGUCGUCUGCUGGUGGACAGCAGUGUGUAGACAAUACUCUAUACCUCAACAUUGGACAGAAGCCAAACUAUCGUUGGAGUGUGUAUGCUGAUGGAAUCGGUCCUCAGUACAUGCAAAAUUUGUUUAGCAAUCCAUCCAAUCUGUACGAGUUUGUGUCUGGAACGGAUAGAGGACAAGGUCACCAUGAUGCUAGAAAUAACUGGUGGGGCACACCAUACUUGACACAAGCUGAAGCAAUAGUUCGAGAUAAGAAUGAUGUAUCGAGCUCAGCAUUUGUAGAUAUUAAGCCCAUUGACAGUAGCAAUCCUUGGGUGGCUCAAUCAGCUUGUCCAUUCGGCUGGGUUGAGUAUAAUUCCAGCUGCUACUUGUAUGUGGGUGGCGCUCAAAGUUGGCACUUGGCUAAUACUUACUGCCAGGAUCUCAGUUCUCAGUUGGCUAGCACCCAUUCUAUUUCUGUAGAUGGGUUUUUGCAAAACGUCUCACCAAUACCGUAUGGUCUGACCAGCCCGGGUUUCUGGUUGGGGCUCUUUAGUGCAGCAAACGACACCUGGCAAUGGACAGAUUUCAGUCCAGUUGACUACACUUCGUGGGCUGAUGGAGGAAUUCAUGGAUCAUGUGACAGACAGACUCUGAGUUGUUUGUGCAAUCGAGGCUGGAGAAGUGAUGACUGUAGUGAAUUUCACUGUAAUGAUGUGAACAGCUGCUCUGGAUAUGGUAAUUGUGUUGGACCCAAUCAGUGCCGUUGCAGGGUUGGAUGGAGAGGUCGGGCUUGUACAACUACUUACUGCAACUUGUACACAACUUGUCAUGCCUGCAGUCGUCAGCCAGGCUGUGGAUGGUGUGAUGAACAACAAGAGUGCAUUCCUGGUCUGUCUGAUAAACCUGACAAGCAGCUAUGUGCUAGCUGGUUUUAUUACGCAUGUUAUUCUCCUGUCAGCAGCACUCAGUGUUCACCUAGAAUCAGAAAUAUUGGCUGUGAUGCUUCAUGUGAUUCCUCUGUACCAACAACUAGCAAUGAAACUUGCCAACAUUGUCAUGACAUUGAAAACUGUUAUUAUCAAAAUGCUAGUGCAUGUCGCAGCUGGGAUGAAGAUCGCUGCCCGUAUGGUCGAGUUACACCUGACUAUGGCCAAGGUUCACAAGGUCCCAAAAUCCCCAGUCACCUUCCAUUUCCGUCAUCUAAUAAUUUUCAGCCAGUGAAACGUCAUGCUGGUAAACCUCACAUUGAUCGACGCUCUUCCGUUGACCUCUUUUCAGAUAUCAGAGUUGUUCAGCCAAAUCAAGUGAUUUUCAGAAUGCUGGCAAAAAUGACUGCAACAGGUAGUGAUACAAACGAAGCUCUGUUUUUCACCAAACCACCAAUACAAUUGGUCCCUGGACGCAUUCUGGCGAGCUCUCAAAGUGGAGGAAUUUUAGACAAGGUUAUUGCUGUGUCGUCUAUUGGUACUUACCAAAUUAUCAAGACUAUUCCUGCAUCAUUGGAAGACGUCAUCAAGUAUGCUGACUUCACCGAACAAGUGCAACUAAGAAGUCUCAUUCAUAAAUCAGCCAUAGAGCAUCUUCCUGAACCGGAUGCUCUACAGAACAUCAUCAGUGCCAGCACUCCUUCUCUUGAAGGCGCACCAAUUACAUAUGUUGUUCCAACAAAUGUUGCCAUCUACAAAUGUGUUGGAGACUAUAGCAGUGGAACAUACAUGAUUGUGCUACCCAAACAAUCGGCUGCUACUCUUGCACUUGACAAUGGUGAAGGGAUUGUAAGUAUACAGAGCUCAGGAUUUAUAGAAAUUGUGCAGUCUGUAACCUCGUCUGGUGGUCACACAUUUGUUCACACAACUCUAGCUGAUUGCACUCAAUCAAGAGCUCCUGUACAAGUCAAGUCUGACAUCACAACUACUGGCUCUUCUUCUACAUCUGUCACUCCAUCAAUAACUGGACUUGGUGGUGAUGGAACGUUGGGUUUGUUGAUCUACAAAGACUAUUUACCUUCUAGUUUAGACAUUUCUGUUGGUGAUGCUGUGGUUGGCCGUCCAAGUGGUCCAUUAGCUGGUUAUGUCAAGAGCUACUUUGACUCUUUAGAUGGUACUCUGACAUACAUUGAACUGGAUUCAACAAGCGGUAUAGGAAGACCUGCAUGUCGACCAGACGAGGAUCUCGGUGUUGUUAUUGGUGGAGGGUUGGGACCUGUUGUGAUUGGAGGAGGUCUUGUUAAUGUUGAUGGUCUUGACAUCGGCCCAAUUGAUGAAUUUGACUCUGACCCAAAAGGGACAAUUGCAAAGACUUGGUGCAAUAAAACAGGAACAACACCAUUUGUUCUUCAUCAAAUCAUCCAGUCUCAAAUUUCUACUGUAGGCGAUUUGCAAGCUGAGCUAAAAGUUGCUUAUGCCCCCGACCUUGUGAUGACUCUGAGAAGCAAUCACACUAGUCCUUUCCUGUCUAAGAUUGGUUUUCAGUUUAGCGGUGAGGCAGUGCUGGGCACCAAGACAAAAGUCAAUGUUGACUCAACAGGUUCAAGUAACUUUGUUGGGCCGGUAGGAAUAGAGGCGACUCCUGCUUGGCACCAGUCGUCAUCAUUCUGUAUAGACGUGGGUCCCAUCUGCAUUCCCGGUCGUCUUCUAUUCUCUGCCAACUUUUCAUUUGCUAUUGAUUAUGCACUGGCUAGUUCUGCUCAAUUUGCAUUCACUCAGGAAUAUGAAUCCACCGGGAUAUUGCAGGUGGGCAUACAGUGGCGUACAAACAUUGGGUAUGAAUACGACAAAACGGUAAAUAUGAAAGCUCAUCAAGAGCUGCCUUCAGGAACAUUUACCUCUAGCAGCCAAGCUACAGGUCGAUCUGCUUCAUUUACGGCAGCAUUAGUUCCUUCUCUUGGAAUAGAAUGGCCACUUACCUAUACAUUGCCUGACUACAUUGAUACUCUUGUCCCUGUUUUCAUUGCGAGUAAAAUUGGAUCAAGUUUCAUUGCCUCUUCUGUAUCAUCUUCAUUCAGUGCAGACUUUCAACCAAAACUGGUGGGUCAAUGGAAAGCAAGCGAAUGCACAGACGGCUGUGAAUUUGAUCAAAAACUGGGCGUAGAUAUCCUGGCAGGGAUUGAAGAGGUGGGUGCUUCAAGUACUCUAGACUUGCGCUACCUCAAGUCUUCAAAGUCUCUUCAAUCAUGGAAGUCAGCAGAACUUGUAGACGUCGUUACCGGCUUGUGUUUACAACAGUUGUCAUCUUGUCCUUGCAAUUGCCCUGGGAAUGCCCCUUGUCAAAGCUUUAGCACCAUCAACUUGUGUCAAGCUUGCGCAUGUGCCGGUACUCCAUUGUGCUCAUGUGUUCAACCUUGUCCUCCCGGUACAAUAGAAGAUAAGGAUAUAACAGGAACGAUUCGCUGUAGAUGUCGUUGCUCAGACUUUUUAUUGGCUGAUUUGAGCAUAAACGGCACUUGCCAGUGUGGCUGCACCUGCAAUGAUGGUAGCGCCAGUGUCAUUAGACCAGAUGGGCGGUGUGAUUGCUCUUGUAAGUGCAACAACUGUGAAGAUUCUACCCUGGGACCGAGCGGAUGCAACUGUCCCAAUGAUAUCUGUCCAACUUGUGCAGAGGGUUUGGAACCAGUUUGGCAAGAUUGUGUGUGUAGUUGUCAGUCAAAGCAAGGACGAGGAGGAUUACCACCCGUUUGUGCUGAUGGCUGGAAGGGACCAUUUUGCGAUGUACCAGACUGUAGUCCUUGGCCAUUUUGCUCUGAUAACGGCAAUUGUACAAUUCCAUUUGGAGACAGUGCAGACAGGCACCCGUAUUGUGUUUGUGAUGAGCAGUGGAUAGGAUCUGGAUGUCACAUAGCCCGCCCUCGACCAGGUGGUGGAGAUCCUCAUUUACAAACACUAGACGGUAUUAGUUACGACUUCUUUGAUAUUGGAGAGUUUUGGUAUUGCAAGAGCAAACGUAACGACUUUGGCAUGUCGACACGAUUCUUUAAGUAUCAACGCGCCUCUCUCAUCGGAGCUGUAGCUGUGAAAGCAGGUUUUAGUGUAGUCACUAUUACAACUCCUACUCAAGCAAGUUCUACUGAUCUACCAUUUCUUAGAAUCAAUGGCGUCUUGGUUGUUUUGACUAAUGGCUUGAUGUUGGAUUUGGAUAAUGAGCAAGUGCACGUUGAAGCCGUUCUGUUCAGUAAUGGUAGCAUGGAAAGCAGCAAUGACAAUAGUGGCAGUAGUGUAGCUCUGAUUGCGUUUCAGUAUGCCAGUGGUGUCUCUGUGACUAUCGAUGUGCGUUACAGUCCUGGCAUGCAGCGUCAAUUCAUCAACAUACUAUUCUCACCGACUGCCUCGUUCAAACGCUCAACUGAAGGUUUGUGCGGAUAUAUGGACGGAGAUAUGAGCAAUGAUCUGGUGGGAUCCAAUGGACUUUUAUACAGCAGAACAAACAUACUUGACUUUGCCAAAUCAUGGCGAAUCGAUACAACGUUUAGUGGUUCUGGUUUAAAUGGCACGUGGUCAUGGAAUCACUCCAACUUCUACAAGGAUGACAAAUUGGACAUUACGUACACUGAUCCCAACUUUGUUCCUGCUUAUAAUAUCAAUGACUUGCAAUUGGAUUCUACUAUCAUCACGAUGGCACGAUCUGUGUGCUCUCAACUUGGACUGAGUGGAGUGAGGCUUGACGAGUGCGUUUUCGAUGUUGCAGUGACUAAUGAUACAUCACUGGCAGAACAAGAAACAUUCCAGAUUGGGUGUCCAACUCAAUGUUCUGGCAAAGGUCGCUGUGUCAAUGAUUCUUGUGUGUGUCUGGCCGGAUGGUUUGGAGAUGACUGUAGUACAGGAUCAUGUGCCAACUGUAGUAGAAAUGGUGAGUGUGUGUCUGGCUUCUGUCAAUGUCAUUUUGGUUGGGACGGACCUCACUGUGAUAUUCCAGCAACUUGCUAUGGAGUUGAAAACUGCACGAGUCCUUUACAUGGUCUGUGCAAGGCCAAAGAUGUGUGUGAGUGCACACCAGGAUUCACAGGGAUCACGUGCAACGAGAGAGCUGUGUGUCUUAACGUGAAUGAAUGUUCUGAUCAUGGAGUGUGUGUUGAUCAUGACAAGUGCAAGUGUGAUGUUGGAUGGGCAGGAAGCAACUGUAGCGUCUUCUCGUGUGAAGCGAACGGAUACUGCAGCGGUCAUGGUUCAUGUGUUGGUUUUGAUGUUUGUCACUGUGACGUCGGUUGGGGUGGUAGAAGUUGUGCUCUUCCCCUUUGCACUAGUUUAAACGAUUGUUCUGGAAACGGAGACUGUACAUCUCCUGGAGUUUGUAGUUGCUAUAAUGGUUAUACACGAGACGACUGUUCUGUUCCUGACCGCUGCCCUCGACUCAAUGAUUGUUCUUCUAACGGUUUGUGUGUCUCACAGAACGGAGUGGAUGUGUGUAGAUGUUUUCCAGGUUAUAAAGGACGAAACUGCAGCGAGUCGUCAUGCGCAGGCAGAAAUGAUUGCUCUGGUCACGGCAAGUGUAUCGAAGUGGAUCUGUGUCAGUGUGAUUAUGGAUAUACGGGAGAUGAUUGUAGCAGUUAUUCGUGCGAACGACAUCGAUUCUGUUCGGGUCGUGGUCGUUGUGUGUCACUGGACAAAUGUACGUGUGACAGCAAGUGGAGCAGUGCAGCGUGUGACGUGCCCGACUGUUCUGGAGUUAGAAACUGUACCAGUUUGACUCAGGGAACUUGCAUCGGCCCAGAUACGUGUUUAUGUGCAGUUCAAUAUGAUGGCAGCGACUGUAGCAUUUUGGCUGGGCCAAACAUCAACCCACCGGUAUUUACAGAGUCUGUUAUCGUCGUUACAGUGGCUAGUGAUUCUCUAGUGGGAACUCCCGUCUUAACAAAAUCAGCUACAGACAAAGACUCGGGAAAGAACGGUCGUCUUACUUACACAAUCAUGAGCUCCAACAAUGAUCAUUCCUACUUCAAAGUUGACCGCAACACGGGACACGUCAAGACAGCCAAGUCGGUCAGUGACCGGCAAGGAACAUUACUCGUUUUCACGCUGACUGCAACGGAUGGCGGGGUACCUUCUCUUGCUUCUUCAGUAAAACUGAAAGCUUCUAUCUUUCCACCCAACCAAUAUUGUCCGACGUUUAGUGAAUUUCCUAAUACGAUUAUUGUGUCUGAAUUGGCUUUGCCUAGUACUUCUGUUGUGAAUUUGACAGCAACUGACUUGGACGGUAAGGACACUUCCGACGGCAAUGUGACAUUUUCACUCAUUGGGAACAAAGAUUUCUCAAUCGAUUCUCAGUCUGGUGAGAUAACAACUGAGGGGAUGCUGACUGCCGAAGCUUACAGUUUGACUGUCGUUGCUUCUGAUCAAGGAAGUCCACAAUGCAACAAUAAAGCCAUCAUUAACGUUCGCGUCCAUUCUACUAACACAGCUCCUGUUUGUAAUCCUUCAAGUGUGGCUACUUCAUUGCCUCAUGAUGUUGCUGUGGGUACAAUUGUAUUCGAACUGCGGGCUUUCGACCCUGACAAUGGAAGUGAUGGACAACUGAGCUCCUACAUUUCCAAUUUUAGAUCAACAUUCCUCAAUAAUGUGUCUCCUUUCAGACUCGUUGAGAGAAAUGGUGUGGUCUAUGUAGAAGUCACGUCCUCUCUUGCUCAGCCUUCUGGAAGUAGCUCAGUCUACUAUGAUGCAUUUUUUCAAGUAAACGUACGGGACUCGGGAACACGGCCCAAGUCAUGCAGCUACUCUGCAGCCGUCGUCGUCACGCAGAGGUUUCAAUUUAGACAUUUAAUGGUAUCUUCUGCGCUGCAUGAAGAUGUGACUAAGGGAACCGUUGUUUUAACGAAUCCAUCUCUGCAGCUAGUGACCAACGUCAGUAAUGUGAAAUAUGAAUUGUUCGACGCUUAUCAUCUUCCCAUUGACAUCAAUCCUACAACCGGAAUAUUAACGGUCUCCAAGCCACUCAACUACGAAGGAGUUAAAAACUACAACGUGAGCGUUGUUGCUAAGACUGACCAGAUACCGGGAGCAUAUGCUGUCGCUUCUUUAUCGAUAAACGUUCAAGAUGUGAACGACAAUCCACCUCGAUUUUCCUUUUCUCGCUACACUGUCUAUGUCCGAGAAGACGCAGCGGGAGGAAGGAGACUUUUAUCUCUCACGGCUACAGACGUAGACUCCGUUGGAGGUCCUGUUUCAUACACUGUCACUUCAAAAACUCAACAGAACGCCAGUAGUGUGUUUGUUGUCAGUCAAUCGAAUGGAGGUGUUGAUUUGACAUUAGCGAGAGGAGAAUUGCUGAACUUCCAAACGACUCCGUUUUAUGAAAUCGUUAUUAAAGCUUUUGAUAGCGCAGAUGCACGUUUGUUUAGUGAAACGUCAAUUCGUGUUGUGGUGGAGGCGGUCGUCUUCUCUCAUCCCUUCUUUAUGGACCGAUUAUACCGUGCGGAAAUAUCAGAAAAUUUACCAAAUGGCAAUUUGGUACUACACGUGGAAGCUCUCGUUAAUGACAAGUCAAGUGGCGCGGUAUCAUACAGACUGACCGAUCAACGGUCAUCACCGACAACGAAACGUGUGGAGGCAUUCAACAUCACCGACAAUGGCCACAUUCAAGUAUCCGACUCAUCUCUGCUCGACUACGAGAACGUGAAAGAAAUUCAUCUUACCGUGAUUGCAUCUCUAGCGGGGACGCGCUUGCGCACAGCCGAAACCGCCGUCAUCGUCUCACUCGACGACACCAAUGACAAUCGUCCACAAUUUACGAGUCAACAAUAUACCGGCACGAUCUCUAUUGACGAUCCCGUUGGCACGACCAUCAUCACUGUAUCGGCAACCGAUGCAGAUUCUGGUUCCAAUUCUAUGGUCACAUAUGAUUUGGUAGUGGGAGACGCCGAUCAACCAAUAAGUGUGACUUCAUCUGGUUUCGUCAUUCUCAGUCGGUCUCUCGAUUCCAGCGCAUCCGAGCGAUACCUGUUGACGGUUGUAGCACAUGAUGACGGUCAGCCGUCUUUAUCCAGCACCGCUUCUGUCCAAGUUACCGUCCAGUGUUCCUCCUCCGGUCGGUGCCCGCUGCCAUCGCAAAGUUCAGAGUCGGGUGUAUCGCUUCCGGUUGUCGUUGGAGGGUCCGUCGGUGGUGUUGUAGUGAUCACUGCCAUUGUGAUAAUCCUUGUUCUUGUCGUAAGAGCCCGGAGAACAAAGAAAGGAAGCAGAAAUAGCAACGAAACGGCAACUCCGCUAAAAAGUGCUAGGUCUGUUCGCGAAACGAAUGUCAUCGAAAAUUAUGCCAAUCCGUUAUACCAAAAGUCACAUCAAGAUGAAGAAGACGUCGAAUAUGAGAGUCUGGACGACACUAGGAGGACAUCUAGCGCACCGCUAACGCCACCGGUUACGAGCUUUGCUGAAAACGAGUACACCGCAGUGAGAUAUGACUCUCAGCCCGAGUAUCUAGAGAUGCGUUCUCCAGAGGAUGGUAUGGAGGAUCAGCUGUAUGAGGAUGUCAAUACGGCUAGAUACGACGCUGUUUAUUCUAAUGCCGCCACGCGCCUUUGAAUGUUUGAGUCGCUGCUUGACUUUUUGAUUGUCUUUUUACAUGUCAAAUUGCUCUAGAGAGCGUGAACAUGGUUAUUACUAUGUAUCCGGAAGUGGAAUGCUCACAAACGGAAGUGCGUAUGUCUGAUAAAAACACAUUAUUUCAACAGCA